AUGGUCGAAGAACGACAACCAACAUACGAGAAUUCUGAUGGCAUUGAGUUGAGAGUUCCUUUUUUGUAUCGCCCGCAGACGCCACAUCAUAUUAAAACCACCACAUUUAUAUAUUCUCUCCAAUCUCAUGGCAUGACGAGACAAGGCAAAGAAGGGAAAACGAAACGUUUGAAGAACAGUAAAAAGAAGCUUAUAAAUGUAUCAUCACCAACAGCUAGCUAG